CUCUUUGAUUUUUAACCUUCACUCUAGAACUGUUGAACUAAUAAGACUAAUCAAUAUCCAAACGAUAUAUUCUGCUUAUGGCACGCUACGAACCAGUAUGUGUAGUGAACAACGCGGAAGAACAAUUCAUUGAUUCAAAUUCCGGAGAAAGAACAUGGGAGCAAUUGGAACAAUUCUGGAGUACCAACAAUGACAGGAUUCAAAAUUUGGACAAAAUAUCUCAAUCAAUAUCUUGUAAUUUAUCGAAACAUCUUAUGUAUGGAGAAUAUGCCGACAAGCUUGUGAAUAAGAUUCAAGAAGAAUCAUCUGCAAAAAUGGUGCGAGGAGCUGAUGUUAAUGAUAUUCCCACCAUAUACAAUACAACAGGGUUCAAACCUUAUGAGUUAAUUGUCAUUGGUACAUACAUAGACAAAAAUAUAGUUCCUGGUUUCCAAUACAAGGUGAGAAAAAACUCAACAAAAGAGUACCUUUUUCACGGACAAGGCCUAACCCUUGAAAGCAUUGGUUUAGGCUACGGCAAGAGAUUGACCUUCAGCGGCAACAAUUUGAACAACAAUAAAAACUAUUUCUGGUCAGACAGCCAUCCUCAAGGCUUCGGACUUACAUUCCAGACUGUCACACCGAACUCUGUUUUCAGAAUCCUUGACCUCAUAUCAAACAACGACAUUGGCAGAAUUAUAGUGAACAAUCCAGCUCGAUCUGAGGACAUUGAAAUAGCCACAGAUGUAAAAGAUUCUGGAUUGGUAGAGAAAAUUGCUAAUGUCCAUUUUAGCGGGGAUGCUGUUCUCAGCAUUGCCAGCAAUAAACAAAAAACUUUUUAUGAAGAUAUUGACGUUCAUGGCACCGCAGUGAUUCAACGUGCUGAUAAAGGAUCGAAAGCAAUAAUCAAAGAAAUAAAGUUGGAAAACUUUAUUGUUGACAAUUGCUUACUGGUACCCGAGGAAUAAUUUUCCACUAGAUAUUUUAUGGCAUUUAGUUUGAAAUCUGAUAAACAAAACUAAUGAAUUUGAUUUUGAAUGUUAAGGAUAAAAUAAUAAGACAUUAUUACGGAAGAAAAAUGCAUUUUUAUUUAUAUCAUCUAAAGGUAAAUUUUGUACUCAACAUAAAAAAAAAAAAAUCUCACAAGUCCUUUAAUUUUUUUAGUAGUUCCAACUCCUGUAAAAAAAUAGCUUUGGAAAGAGAGAGCACACAAAUUUGUGUUUUAGAAAAGAUUGUUUCAUCACAUGCCUUUUUUCUAUCAUUACAUAAAGAAAUUGUAGUUUACAUGAAUGUUUAAUAAGUCCAUAAUCAUAGAUUGUUUUAUCACAUGCCUUUUCUCUAUCAUUACAUAAAUAAAUUGUACUUUAUAUGAAUGUUUUAUAAGUUCAUAAUCAUAUACGCAUUGUAAAUACCAUCUGUGAUUUGAAUAAAAAUAUCAAUUUAAA